CCUAUUCAGAUGACAGUUUUUCCUAAGUCGGAAAUUGGAGCAGCUUUUAGAUACAUGGCAAGUGGAAAACACAUGGGAAAGAUUAUUUUAAAUAUACAAGAAGAUGGCAAAUCUUUGGAUUCACCUGUUGUUGCAUACCGUCGUUAUUACUGCUUCAGCGAUAGAACUUACAUUAUACUAGGCGGCUUGGGUGGAUUUGGUUUAGAGUUAACUGACUGGCUCAUACUUAGAGGCGCUAAGAAUAUCAUACUAACUUCAAGAACUGGAAUAAAAAACGGCUAUCAGCGAAUGAAAGUUGAAUCGUGGAAAUCAUACGGUGUAAACGUGCAGAUAGUUAAAAACGCACAUCUUGCUAAUCCCAAAGAAUGUGAAUCUUUUCUACAAAUGGCGGAAAAGCAAAGACCAGUAGAUGCGAUAUUUAAUCUUGCUUUGGUUAUGAAAGACUGCAUUCUUAAGAACCAAACCAUGGAAACUUUUACGGAAUCUUUCAUACCAAAGGCCUGGACGACACAAACGUUUGAUAAACUAUCGAGAAAGAUCUGUUUAAAACUUCGACAUUUUGUAGUGUUUUCUUCUUUUUCUUGCGGAAGAGGGAACGCUGGGCAAACUAAUUAUGGAAUGACAAAUUCGAUCAUGGAAAGAGUGUGCGAAAAAAGAGCGGAGGAAGGAUUGCCCGGAUUGGCAAUUCAAUGGGGACCUAUAGAUGAUGUAGGUUUUCUCGUUGACAUGCAGAAAAACAAUAAAGAGUUAAUUCUCCACGGUACUCUGCGGCAAAAAAUAUCUUCUUGCUUUGUAGAACUCGAGAAAUUUUUGCUUCAAAACCGACCGAUCGUAAGCAGCAUGAUUGUAAGAGAGAAGGAAAUGGGUUUAUCCGGAUUAUACAAUGUGGUGGAAACCAUUGCUAAUAUUAUGAAUAUCAAAAAUAUAAAAGUAAUAAGUCAAAAUAUAUCUUUGGCUGAACUUAGAAUGGAUUCCAUGAUGGCUGUAGAAAUUAAACAAACUGUAGAACGAGAAUUUAAUAUUUUGUUGACUGCACAAGAAGUACGGAACCUCACAUUUGCAAAACUAAAUAAAAUAUCUAAUGUAGACGUUAAUCAAGAUACUAUUAUAAACUGAAUUAUUAUAAACUGAAGCAACUGAUAUGAAUAAGCUGGAUCUUACAAAACUUAGUUAUUAAGAAACUGAAUCACGAAUGGUGAUAUUAUAAACAAUAGUUUAAGAAUUUUAUAAUUCUUAAAC